GGUUUGCACAGAGGUUUUUCUGCACACCCGCUGCGAGAGGACGCGGGUGGUAGCCCUGCCACUUACUGCUCAGUGCCAGGGGCCCGAUCAGCUGCUGUCCGCCCAGGCUUCUCCAGUCUGAACCGAGCCCCAGCGCCGCUGCGGGUAGAGGCCCAGGGGGAGGCAGGGGGGGCCGCGGCGCUGCCCCGGAUGGGUGGCAGGGCUGUGCAUGGGGGACAGGGGGGCGAGUGGGCCUGACACUGGUUUUUAGAGGAAAAGAGGAAAAAACGAGCGCGCUCUCUGCCUUUCCUCUGGGGAAGCUUUGGAGAGUGACGCAGUACGUCCAUGUUAACCGAGCGGGGAGCUGCGCUUUGCUAAGUGCGGCAACAACUGCUCCACCGGGCCCUCAGUGGCCUCUGCCAAAAGCUGAACAUGAGGUGACGUGCUCGCUCAGCGGCGGUCAGCCAGCUCAGCAACAUUUGCCAAAAGAGCACGCGUACGGCCUGCCCGCCCUCCCGCAGGCCUACAGCCCGUUCGGCACCACACAGCACGGCGCUCCCAGCCGGGUGGUACCGUGCCGGUGGCUGUCCGUGCACCUCCUCGUGGUGCUUCUCACACGAACAAAUCUGUCAUUUGAGUUUACAGGCCGUGCUGGAUUCUCAGGACAGAAGCUACUGAGUGCUGCUGGAAAAUGGCAGGGAGAAAAGUCCUGAUAGUCUACGCACAUCAAGAGCCCAAGUCUUUGAAUGGAUCUUUGAAGACGGUUGCUGUGGAAGAAUUAAGCAAACAGGGCUGCACUGUCACAGUGUCUGAUUUAUACGCGAUGCAGUUUGAGCCAAGAGCAACAAGAAAUGACAUUGUUGAUUGCUUGCACAACUCAGAUGAGUUCAAUUACGGAGUGGAGACCUGGGAAGCUUACAAGAGAGGAGGUUUGUCCAAUGAUUUGAUUGAAGAGCAAAAGAAGGUGCAGGAAGCAGACCUGCUGAUUUUUCAGUUUCCUUUGUACUGGUUCAGCAUGCCAGCAAUCUUGAAGGGCUGGAUGGACAGAGUCUUGGUCCAAGGAUUUGCUCACGAAUUCCCAAACUGUUAUGAUUCCGGUUUGCUGAAGAAUAAGUUAGCCCUGUUUUCUUUCACCACUGGAGGAAGCAAAGAGAUGUAUGCAAAAGGAGGUAUCAAUGGUGAUAUCCGGUAUCUCCUGUGGCCCAUGCAGCAUGGCAUUAUGCACUUUUGUGGUGUCAAAGUCCUUGAGCCUCACAUCUGCUUUGCUCCAGAAUACGUCUCUGAGGAGAAAAGGAAGGAGAUGCUGCUUGCUUGGGCCCAGCGUCUGAAGACUCUUUGGAAGGAAGAACCCAUAAACUGCUCUCCUGAGUGGUAUUUCAAGUAAUGUUCAGACACAAGACUACAGAAAAGAAUGUUUCCAUUCUUUUUGGUGCUUUAUCUCAACAUCUGAAUGCUGACCUCGUAAUUCAUAUGCAUUGUAGGUAUCUUGAGUACUACGGCUAGCAGCUUAGCUGACAAUAAAGAAUUUAUCUUUAUUA